GUGGCUCUUGAUAAUAUAAUUGAUAGCACAUCAAACAUCAUCAAUAGUGCUCUAGAUCUUACCAGAAGAAGUUUAAUUGGUGCUUGGGAAAGUGGUGAACAUGGUGGAGACUUUUUGGAAACUGUCACAAAAUCAUUUGAUAAUAUGCUUGAUCCUUUUGCAUCAAUGAGAACCAAUUAUUUGCAAACAUACAUAAAGAGAAACUUUAAUUAUGUUGGAAUCAAAGAGGUGGUUUUGGGAAAGACAAUUUCAAGAAAGUUUUUGAAAAACAUGCAUCCCCUGGAGAAGGACGAGAAUUUUGUUCAUAUACCACUGAUUGAAAGCCUUGACCAACUCCUGUCCAACAAGAGAAUUGCAAAACUCAUCAGAAAACCUUGGCAGUGUGACAGUGAUAUUUAUUAUGGACAAAUCUUCCUAACUGAUAAGUUCUUGGCAGAUCACCCAGAUGCUUUACAAAUCAUCAUCCCCCACCUAUUAGAGAAAAUGAGCAUGACAAUUGUAUCAUCACUCUGUUCUACAGAGUCCAUAAUGCUGUGUUAAGGGAGCAAGAUCUUAGCAUGGUUCAUUUUAUGAAUAAUAUUACGUUGACAACACAUAAAAAAGAUUUGUUUGUUGGUGGGAUUUUGUAUGAGGAUGUAGCUGCUUUUGUUUAUUUGUCUUUGUGAUGUUUCUAGGGAGGGUAUAAGACCUGUGUUACACAUUGCAUUUCUUAGUGGUGCAGGCUAUGUUUGUAAAGGAUCAAUUACCAUGGAUUUUUUAUUCAAAACGGUUUUUGUAAGUUAUGCGCAUAUAUUUGGAUACCCCAAUGGAGUUCGGUUUGAUAAGGAAUUAACAGAGUAUAUUUUUCAGUAUUCAAUUGCACAUGACAAAGACGAAGGAUGGAGUGCGUGUUCUGUACAUAGAGAUGGCAAGAAGGCAGUAGCGCAGAAAGCACUGCGAAAAAAGAUUCAAAAACACACAAAAUCCCAAGCACAUAUUGCUGCAAGUGGCUUUCUAGAUGAAAAAGAAGAAGAAAAGGUCGAGACAGCAUUACUCAAAAGUGUUGCGCACUCAAGAGAGCUAACAGAGAGAUUGCCUUCGGACAGCAUAUUUUGUUGGGCACCGUCCAUUCACAGAUUACCCAGACAUUCUCGCUCUUCAAAGCAGAAAUGGAAUAGAGUUGGGUCAAUUUUACAUUCUAGGUACACUUGCAUGGAAAUGCUGUAUCGCUGCCAACAUGAGACUUCUCACAACGCUGGCAGAGUUUGGAUUUGA